AUGAAACUAUCUGGUGUAUUGGAUAAAUAUACGAAUGGAACAUCAACUUUAUACGUGAACAUAUUUGAUUCUCCUAUCGGAAAAAUUAUAGCGGUUGGUGAUGAAGAAUUCGUUUAUAUUGUUUGCUUUGAAGACUCAAAAAAUCUCGAAAAAAUGUUUAAAAGUGUUGCCAAGGAAUUGUCUUGCACAUUUGAACUUGGAAAGACCAAAUUACUCGAAGAGUUUGAAAAUGAAAUAGAAAGUUAUUUCGAUGGUGAAUUAAAGGAAUUUACCGUACCAAUUAAAACUAUCGGUUCAGAUUUCCAAAAAGAAGUUUGGGAAAUGCUCCGCAAACAGAAAUAUGGUACAACACAGACUUAUGCAGACUUAGCUAAGGCUUUAGGGAGAUCUGGAACCCAUGCUCGAGCUAUUGGAGCAGCCUGCGGAGCUAAUGCCCAUUUAGUAGUGGUUCCAUGUCAUAGAGUAGUUGCAUCCGCUUCAAAAGGUGGCUUUAGUUGUGGACUGGACAGAAAAGAAUGGUUGCUACAACAUGAACAGAAACAUUUAAAAUGA